AUGUCAAACGACUAUUUGGAUGAGCAUUUUGACGUAAAGUCUUUACGAAUCGCUGAUCUCCGUCGUAUUUUACUUGAACAUGAUGUUGAUUAUCCUUCUUCUGCAAAAAAACAAGUGCUUUUAGACUUGUUUCAUAAACAUGUUUUUUCUCAACAAAAGGCUGUAGCUGCUACAAAACAACAUACAAAAGACAGUAUUCGUGAUAAGAAUGAAGAAGAUUCGAAUAUUAAACGAGUUAAACAAAAGAAUUCUAAAAGGACGGCUUUAGAAUCUUCAGAAACUCUAAAGGAUAGUUCAAGUAUAAGAAGGAGUAAUACUCGUGGGUCUUUACGCAGAUCUGCCAGCACACAUACUGUGGAAAUUAAAGAACAACCUUUAGAAAAAUCUUGUUCAAAAGAUGUGUUUUCGAGUGAGAAUCCUUUUCAGAAGGGAUCACCGCUUUGUGAAAUAGAUACAUCUUCUGUGCCGUUAUUGCGUUCAAUUGAUGAAUCUCUUUCUAAUACGUCAAAGUUUACUUCAGGGGCUUCGGUAAAAGAUUCUGUCGUAUAUGCCAAUUCACAUGUUCCCUCAAAAACUCAAAUUCGACCACCACCUAAUGUUAACGUAUCUUAUUCUAAACCACAAAAAUUUAUGGCAAAGAUUGAAGAUUUGAAGACUUCGAAACAGUUUUAUACUAUGGCAAUUCAUAAGGACCUUAAUGUUCAUACUAAUACAUCACAUGCAUUUCAAGAUAAUGACUCUUUACGUAAAAAUAUUUCUUUUCAAACUCAAGCAGAUCGAGAAAAGAUCUCAGAUGCUGAUCAAAUAAGAAACAAUUUAGAUAUAAGUGAAAAAAAAAUAGCUUCAAACGUGAACAAAGAUUCUUAUGUUUCUUAUAACUCUAAAAUUGAUUCUAAACACUUUAAAAAGUUUUCAUUUAUAAAGUUUUUUCUUAUAUUUGUUUUUGGAAUGAUUUUACUUAUACUAGCUGCUAUUUGGAGGGAAGAAACUAUUCGCUUGGGUUAUUGUAAUGUUGAAACUGAAGUAAUACCAAGUAUGUAUUCAUCAAUAAGAGAGAAAUUGCCGCAGAUAUUAUUAAAAAAUGUUUUGAUUUAUUGUAGACCAUGUCCGAAUCAUGCUAUAUGUUAUUCUAAUUAUAAGCUUCUUUGUGAAAAAGAUUAUAUUCUUACUCCAAAUAUAUUUUCUAUUAAUGGACUAAUUCCGAUUCCUCCUUCAUGUAUGCCGGAUACUGAAAAGUUAAGAAAGGUUCAUAUUAUUGUCAACGAGGCAAUACAAAUACUUAGAGAUAAAAACGCUAAACUUGACUGUGGUUCUUUAAAAUUGCUUAAGGGAGAAAAAGAAGGGGUGCUUGAAGAAGAUCUUGAAAAGUAUCUUUGGGAAAUGAAAUCGCCUAACAUAAGUGAUGAACAAUUUCAAGAGUUAUUGUCGGAUGCAUUAGAGGACAUUAUCAAAUACGAUGAGAUUUUGAUAGAAAAUGAUGGACGUAUCGAUUUAACAGAUCAAAAAGAUAUCUUAAAUCAACAUCUUUUGCAAAUAUUUCAUUCGGAUGUUCCAUUAGAAAAUAUAUCAGACAAAGAUUGGUACGCCAUAGAGUCGAAUUUAUUGUUGUUUAUAUAUCUAGGAAUAAUAUGUUCACUAUUUUUUUUAUUUAAAAUAAAAUCCUUUUUUUUUUUACGUAGAGCAUAUAAAUCAAGGAUUUCAGAGUUGGUUCACUUUUCUCUUCAAAGAUUAUUUGAUCAGAAAUGCUCUUAUGUUUCAGAUCCAAAAUCUACAUAUCCAUAUGUUGCUAUUUCUCAUUUACGAGACGAUAUGCUUAUAAAUGAGUUUAAUGUUGAUCAGCGUCAUAAAAUUUGGAGUAAAGUGGAGAAAAUUGUUGAAAAUAACUCGAAUGUAAGAACACGACUAGCAGAAAUAAAUGGAGAUUGGAUACGUGCUUGGGAAUGGAUUGGUAUCAUUUAA